AUGGUUCACGAAACCGCAACCCAGCACAUCUGCCUAUCCAUCUUGAAUGGACUCGAUCACGGCGAUAUCACCAUCCGCAAUAUAGUCACUUUCAGCGGCCAGCCAUAUACCAAAAGCCCCACUCUACGCUUACUAUCCACGGACGAAAUCGCCAAGAUAUCUAUCAGCCCCGGCCAAAGCCAUGUCAUCUCCUUUUGCGGAGCAGGAGCCCUGGGCGUGGGGGUGGAAGGUAUGAUGGACUUGUAUCUUGACCGGUACGAUCGCCAUUUCAACGACGACAAGAAGCAGGAGAAGGAGGGAGAGAGCCAGAGAGACAAUCACACCCGCAUCACGACGCUUUACUGGAACGGGCCAUGGGAGCGGGUAGGUAAUCAAUUUCAUUCCGCGAGUACGCUGGGGGAUCGAUUUUCAGUGACGACUUCGUUGCCGCCAGAGGAAGGCGUUCUUGGAAAUGUCUCGGUCGAGGUGAGACGGUCAGGAGCGAGGUCAUCCUAG